CAAGAAAUGAAGACAUAUGCGAAGUGUAGGUCGAAACCAGCCAAACAUCCCAAACAACUCAGCAAAGCCCAAUCAAUGCAGACGUAUAUAUCGUUUCCGCCUUUCUAAAUCCCUGAAAAGCAUGAGAAAAUGAUCCAUCCCACCCAAAAAUCUGACAAAACACCAAGCCGAAAAGAUGAGGUAUAACCGCCAACAGCAAAUCUGGCAUAGCCGCCGUGGGAAACCAAAAAAGCAACUCCGGUCCAUAGAUGCGCGCCUGAAUGGCCGACCGCCGCGCUUUCUAUACAUCAUCGCGGCCAAAACUCGAGGUCAAAGCACAAAAGGGUUUCCCUAACCGUAAGAUAAAAACAAGGUAUCGUUUGAGGUGGAAUGCAAAAAUCGAAUAUCGCAGGCGCCGUCGCUCGCAGGAAGCCGAAAGCAUCAGUCUAGGUAUAAGUUGCUCGAGUCGUCAUCGAAGUAAGGUGUAUAUACAGAGAAACACUGGUUUAUCCUUUGCUGUUUUUGCGCUCGUGAAGCCAAAAAAAGGAGAAGGGAAGAUCAGUCGAAUCGUAAGAAUGCGAUGGCCGUGUCGAACAGAAAGCAAAAACAAAGCAGUAACAAUUAUAACCCGCGGUUAGGGAGCCCGAUGAUGCAGAAGCCGGACGAACGUGGUGAACAUGCUAUGAGC